CAAGCAGCUGGCAGAGGCCAGGUCCGAGAAGGAGAGCCUGCAGAGCAGCCUGCUGGAGGCUCAGCGGCGCGUGUCGGAGCUGGAGGUCACCAGGAGCCGUCUGGAAGCCCAAGUGCGCACAGCCACACGGGCCCAGGAGGUGAUACUCGAGGAUGUGAAGGGCCUUCGUCAUGAGCUGCAGGCUGUAAGAUCUCUCAGCAAGCAGCAAUGUGAAGAAAUGGUUCAACAGCUCCGCUGGGCAGAAGAGCAGUGCAGCAAGGCUCUCAGAGGCUGGCAAUCUGCACAGGAAGAGGAAACAAGGAAGCUCCAGCAAAAAAUGCUCCAGGGUCAGAAGGCUGCUGUCUUAGCCAAGGUGCGCCAGCUGCAAAGGGAGCUAAACCAAAGCCGGCAGCAGCUGGAGCAGCUGAGGCAGCAGCUGAAUGAGGAGCGGGCAAAUGGGCAGUAUAUCAAGGACAAGAUGCAGGCAGAGCUGCAGGAAGCUUGGAGGAGGAUGAAGGCAGUGGAGGAGAGGCACAAAGAAGAAAUGGAAAGGAUGUACAAGAUCCAGCUGCAGUACAGGCUGGCAGAACAAAAGCAGAGGGACAAGGGCUCUGCCAUUGAAGCCGCCGCUGCAGCAGCAUCCUCUGAAGAAGCCUCCUCUCCGCAGCCUGAGAAGCCGAGCAUGAGCAGCUCGCCCCGCUCCAGCCAGGAGAGCGAGAAGCCGUGCCUGAAGCUGCUGAGGAAUGUGGUGAGCGUGGCAGACCCCGAAAAGAAAUACACUGGAUGGAAACUUAUUGGCAGAGGGGGUUUUGGAGCCGUUUAUAAGGCCCUGGAGGCUGCCACAGGACGAGCGGUGGCCAUAAAGGAAAUUGAUCUCCAGCACCAGGGCUGCGAGGAAGCAUUGAAAGAAAUCCUGGUCAUGAGGGAAAAGAAGAACGCCAAUAUUGUCACCUACCUAGAAAGCUACCUUGUCAGGGGGGCUGUCUGGCUGGUGAUGGAGCACAUGGACGGAGGCUCUUUGGCGAAGGUGGUCAGCAAGAAAAGGAUGGCUGUAGGACACAUAGCAACUGUCUGUCGGGAGUGCCUGCAAGGCCUGGCUUUCCUUCACGCCAACCAGGUGAUCCACAGAGACAUCAAAAGCGACAACAUCCUUCUGGGCCGGGAUGGCUCUGUCAAGCUGGCUGAUUUUGGCCUCUGUGCUCUGCUCAGCCCUGGGCAGAGUAAGCGGAGGUCAGUGGUCGGGACAACUUGCUGGAUGGCACCCGAGCUUGUGAGGGGAGAGCCAUACGGCCCCAAAGUGGACACCUGGUCCCUUGGCAUCGUGGGAAUAGAAAUGGCCAAAGGAGAGGCUCCUUAUGUUUGGGAGAGCAGUGCAAAGGUAAGGUGCAAAUAGGCUCACAUAUGGGUGUCCUUCUGCUCUGUCUCCGUUAGACAGAAUCCCCUUCCCCCAGCUGGGACGAGUUCCACGAAGGCCAAUUUCUAAAAAUGUACCUGGGGCUCACAUCAGCAGUCAAGGCAAGACCUGUUGCCCCUUGGAAUAGCUGGGGCUGCACUGGGGCCUUUUUACUUUUGGGAGAGAAGGCUCAUGUCCAACCAUCGGCUAGGCAAGAACUUGCCCCUGCAGACUGGAGCUUAAGAGAUGGGGUCUAGUUGAGCACGGAAGGCUAUGGAAGAAUCACGUAGAGUCUCGUGUUUCCUUUUGCUUCAGGCUAAAUAUCUGAUAGGCAAGCAAGGGGUACCAGAUCUGCACAAACUCAGGCUACCCCCUGGCUUGUAUGGAUUUCUGGGCUGCUGCCUGCAGAUGGAUGUGGACAGGCGAGGCUCUGCCAAGGAACUUCUGCAGGUACAAGGCAAAGCGGCUGCAGGCCAAACAGCUGUUCCCUGUCAGGGUUUGCUCCUGGGCCAAACUCCAGGGCAUCAGAUGGGCCCCCCCCACGCAGUAAUCUCCGCUCUGGCUGCUUUUCAAAUGAGAACCAAGUAGGAUCCAAGACUAGUUGAGAUUAGAAGGGACCAGUGAAGGUCAUUUAGUCCAAAUCCCCUGCCACUGGCAAGGACAUCUUCAAGUAGAUCAGGAUGCUCAGAGCCCCCGGCAAUCUGACCUUGAACGGUUCCUGUGGUGGAGCAGCUCCCAGCUCUCUGGGCAGCCUGUGCCAGGGUUUCAGCAGUCUCCUCAUAAAGAGUUUCCUCCUUAGAGCCUGUCUGAAUUGACUCUCUUUCAGUUUAAAACCAUUCUCCCUUGCUCUCUUGCAUUUGGCCCUGCUAAUAGAGGUGUCCGCAUCUUUCUUCUAAGCCCCUUCAAAUACGGAAAGGUCUCCUUGGGAGGCCUUGCCCUUCUGCAGGCUAAACAAGCCCAAUUCUCACAGGCAUUCCUCAGAGGAGAGCUGCCACCUUCUGGAUUCAGGUUUACCUGGAAGUGUAGUAUUGCAGUGCAAUUGCAAAGGAACUGUAGCAUUGCUGUGCUGGGGAAGGAGGCCUGCAGUGAGGCUUGAAGAACACAACAGGAGCAGUCUCUGCCAAGCAGUUCUAGAUUGGUCUGUGGGAAGGUGGGGGCUUUGGGGGGGCUGACUGUGAGAAUCCGGGGGCAGCCAGCGUGUCCCUCCUGCCCCACUCUUAGAGCUUUCUGCCAGCCAAACAGGGACAGCUGAGCAGGAUUUGUGCCAGCCCCACGUGCUGGCUGGCCCGCUCAAGUAGGUGAGAAUGCUGCAGCUUUGCUGCCGUGUUUUGUGGCAGCCAGGCAGCUGGCAACCGCGCCACUUCCUUGGCUGUCCCUGCUGUGAAGGAAGAUGCCAGCCAGCCCAGGAGGAGGGGGGCAUGCCAAGGCAGACACUGCUCUCCUUGCAAGCCAGAGCUGAGUCCAUCUGCGCUCUGCCGCUUGUGUCCGUGUGGUUCUGGGCGCUAGAGGAACCCAGCUUGACCCUGUUAGAAGCUCAGUUUGGAAAAGAAUGGUUCCUUUUCCCUUGGUCUCUUUUAAUUUGGUUGCUUUUGUUUCUUCUUCCCUUUGGGCAGCAUCCAUUUCUCAAGCUAGCGGAGCCUCUCUUCAGCCUCUUCUGACAGCCCGAUUGCUGACAUGCCUGCAGCAAAGUAGGGCAGGAAGCAGAGGAGAUGACAAGGACCACUUCAGCACUUUGAGAACCUCAGAGCCUCUGAGA